AGGAGGGGAGCCGUAAAGCGUUGUGUUUUGGACUGGAGGAGGUCAUUAGAAAGUGAGGAUAAGUACGGAUCGGUUCUCGAGUCACAGAGACACCCGGUGGCAACAUAUAUCUGAUGCCGGUGUAAGAUACAUACAUUAUUUAACACCUCUGUGUAGCGUUUUAACUGCUGCGAAAUGCUUCGUCUCAUCCUGCGGCUCAGGCCGUCCGCCGGGCUCCGCUGUCCCCGUGCCCUCCCGACCGGGCCUGCUACGCUCAGCUCCCGCUCCGUGCCCGGAGCCGGUUCACUGAGGCGGCUUCACCGCGGAGCGGGGUCCCGGACCGUGUGUUUGGGCUCCGGCUUCAGCCACAGGGGAACUCUGCUGCGGUUUCCCCAUUUGACAGGCAGCUGUCAGAGCAAGCGUUACUACAGCCUGCCGCCGCACCAGAAGGUGGAGCUUCCUGCACUGUCACCCACCAUGCAGACAGGAACGAUCGCUCGCUGGGAGAAGAAGGAGGGAGAAAAAAUCAGUGAGGGCGAACUUAUAGCUGAGGUGGAGACUGACAAGGCCACUGUAGGUUUUGAGAUGAUGGAGGAGUGCUAUCUGGCAAAGAUCCUGGUUCCUGAAGGGACCAGAGAUGUCACUAUCGGAUCUGUAAUCUGCAUCACAGUUGACAGCCCUGACCUCAUCUCAGCCUUUAAGGACGUGACGUUGGAGUCACUUCAAGCAGCUGGUGCUGGUCCUUCACCUGUUGCCUCCGCUCCUCCUCCUCCUCCUCCUGCUGCUGCUGCUGCUCCUGCAGCCCCGGGAAGCUCUUACCCAACGCACAUGAAGAUCACACUUCCUGCCCUCUCUCCCACCAUGACAAUGGGAACAGUGCAGCGCUGGGAGAAGAAGGUGGGAGAGAAGCUGAGUGAAGGAGAUCUGCUGGCUGAGAUCGAGACUGACAAGGCGACCAUCGGCUUUGAGGUGCAGGAGGAGGGAUAUUUAGCCAAAAUCAUGGUGCCAGAGGGAACUCGGGAUGUUCCCCUGGGAAUGCCGCUCUGCAUCAUUGUAGAGAAAGAGAGUGACAUUGCUGCCUUCAAGAAUUAUGCAGAGAUUGGGGUGGCAGAGGUUUCCACACCACCUCUAGCACCAGCUGCAGCUCCGGCUGCUGCAACACCCAGUCCUGCUGCCGCUGCCCCAGCAGCACCCAGGAAAGGUCGUGUGUUUGCCAGUCCACUAGCCAAGAAACUCGCUGCUGAGAAAGGAAUCAACCUGGCACAGGUCAGCGGCUCUGGUCCUGAUGGGCGCAUCACCAGGAAAGACAUUGACAGCUUUGUUCCACCAAAGGCUGCACCUGCCAUAGCUGCUGCUCCCACUCCAGCUGCACCUCGUGCUGCUCCUGCACCUGCUGCAGCUCCUGCUGCACCAGCUGGGACCUUCACAGACAUCCCUAUCAGCAACAUCCGCAAGGUCAUCGCUCAGAGGUUGAUGCAGUCCAAGCAAACUAUCCCCCACUAUUAUCUUUCUGUAGAUGUCAACAUGGACCAAGUGCUCGAGCUUCGGAAAGAACUCAAUGCUGAGGUGAAAGCCCAGAAUAUCAAGCUUAGUGUGAAUGACUUCAUCAUCAAAGCCAGCGCUCUGUCCUGCCUCAAGGUUCCCGAGUGCAACUCCUCCUGGAUGGACACGGUCAUCCGCCAGAAUCAUGUAGUAGACCUGAGUGUAGCUGUGAGCACAGCCAACGGUCUCAUCACGCCUAUAGUGUUUAACGCCCACACCAAAGGACUGGCUGCCAUCAGCUCCGAUGUGUCGGCUCUCGCUGCCAAAGCGAGAGAAGGCAAACUGCAGCCACAUGAGUUCCAGGGAGGUACAUUCACUAUCUCUAAUUUGGGGAUGUUUGGCAUCAAGAACUUCUCCGCGAUAAUCAACCCCCCUCAGGCCUGUAUCCUCGCCGUCGGGGGCUCAGAGAAACGGCUGAUGCCUGCGGAUAAUGAAAAAGGGUUCGACGUGGCCAGCAUGAUGUCGGUGACGCUGAGCUGCGACCACAGAGUGGUGGACGGAGCGGUCGGCGCGCAGUGGCUGGCAGAGUUCCGCAAGUUCCUGGAGAAACCCGUCACCAUGCUGUUGUGAUUGGACUGUACUGCCUAAACAGCAGCAACAGGCAGAGGCCUCUCACUGAAGUGAUCUGAUUGGUCUAAACCGGUCUGAAUCCUCCUGUGAUUGGCCAGCCUGCCACCAGGUCACUCCCAGUUACCCCGAAGGGGAAGAGGCAGAACUCACUCCGCUUACCUGUCUGCCCCGCUGUCCCUCCUGUCUGUCUUUCUCUCCUUUCCUCUCGCUCUUCUCUCACUCGUAUUCUAUUUAUUGAGGCCCCGUCUCAUGAGAGACCAGAAUUAGGUCAAAUUUAUACUAGAAUAGAGGCCGGUCAUAUGUCGCUAAAACAUUGAUAAUGUUUUACGAAGGGAAAUAAUCUGUGAUUUUGUGUGAAUGCGAUAAAGACAAUGGGAAGCGCA